UCAAUCAUCAGAGGAAGAAGCUCUCAAGCACCCUCCUCAACCUCUUUAUCAAGCUAUCAUGGAAAAUGUACCAGUCCCCGGCAACCAAAUGAACUGUAAUGUGGUAGUCAGCGUUGGCAACCAAAGCAUUCAACAACCUGCCUUCCCUCAACAACAACCUCAGGUAGUUCAACCUGUUCAACAACCUGCCUUCCAGUUCCACCAACAACAACCUCAGGUCGUUCAACCUGUUCAACAACCUGCCUUCCAGUUCCAGCAACAACAACCUCAGGUCGUUCAGCUUGUUCAACAACCUGCCUUCCAGUUCCACCAACAACAACCUCAGGUCAUUCAAGCUGUUCAACAACCUGCCUUCCCUCAACAACAACCUCAGGUAGUUCAACCUGUUCAACAACCUGCCUUCCAGUUCCACCAACAACAACCUCAGGUGAUUCAAGCUGUUCAACAACCUGCCUUCCAGUUCCACCAACAACAACCUCAGGUGAUUCAAGCUGUUCAACAACCUGCCUUCCAGUUCCAACAACAACAACCUCAGGUAGUUCAACCUGUAAAUCAGGUGGUGGUGGUGCAGCCACAGAGGCAGCCAACUGAUGUUCCUGGACAGAUGACGUGUCCUCACUGCCAAAACACUGUUGUCACUACAGUCACAUACACAAAUGGUUUGCUCACCUGGCUGAUCUGUGGCACACUAGGAAUCUUCAUGGUCUGGCCUUGCUGUCUCAUCCCCUUCUGUGUGAAUGAAUGCAAGGACGUGCAGCAUUCCUGCCCCGUCUGUAACAACGUCCUGCACAUCCAUAAACGCAUGUGAAAAGCACCGCAGUGUCCUCUCUGCUGAAGUACCAACAAAACAUAGAAAAGUCAUCCAUGA